AUGAACCGCCGAGAGAGACGUGCUUUGUUGUUUCAGUCCGGCGCAAUCCCUCACUUUCAUGAACCCAAAACGAGUGAUCAAUCGAAUGCGGGGGAUGUCCAGGCAAUGCAGCAAGCGGAAGGACCAGGAAAUGAUGAGUCGAAUUGUGUGAACCAAUUUUAUCAACAAACUGAGACUAUCAUUGUUGAAAAUCGGGUCUCUCAACAAUCAGAAGGUGUGCUCGGUGAUUGGGCCCCUAGCAAUGAUCACGAUGUAGCUCCUUCCAUUGCAGAAGCGAAGCCACCAUUGCAGAAGACCCUUCUCCUCCUCACUAAGCAUUUUGCUGAAUGCAAAGGAUUUGCUAUCAGCGCGGAGAAAUCGAUUCCUAAUGCUUUUGUGCGACGUGUCAAAUUUUCGGGAGAUGGUUCGUUUUUGGCGACAGAUUCGGCUGAUAAUGUUAUAAAACUGUUUGAUUACAACAGCAUAACGCAAUCAAUGGAGAAUAAUCAAGUUGAUCCCGUUGCGAGAAUUCCAACGGGCGGAUAUGUGCUAGACAUGAAAUGGCAUCCACGACUACCUUUACUGGCUGUUGCAACACACUCUAGCCCAAUUCGCGUCUUUUCAAUCGACCACACAGUAGAUACUGUCUUUGUAGCGAAGAAUGCCGUUGACGAGCAUUCAACUCCCACUGCUCUAGAAUGGAUUUCUGAACGCGAACUUUUGGCUGGAUUUACAAGAGGGCCGUUAAGGUGCUUUGAUAUUAAUCGACCGUCGAAAGCGGUUUUCAGCAUACAGGAAGGAGAUAAAUCGUCAGGAAACCCUAUCGGCAAAAUCAGUUGCCUUGCUAACUCCAAUAACGGGUGCUAUGUUGCUGUUGGAAACUAUGAAGGAAGCGUGUCAAUUUACUCAAAAAGUAAUUCAUCUUAUGUUGCUUCAACAAAUUUUCGUAAGGAAGCUGUAAUCGAUUUGCGUUAUUCUGCUGACGAUAAUAUGCUUUUUAUUGCCUACCAAAAAGUCGAUGCGAUUUAUUGUUUGGACCUUCGUAACAUUAGCGACGAGUAUAUGUUGUUGAAACGGCCUUGUGAAUCAAACCAACGAAUUAGUUUUGAUGUUGAUCGAGCUGGUAAAUGGUUGAUAUCUGGGUCAGUCUCAAACGAAAAUGGAGGAGAAGUCUACUUUUUCAACUUGGAGAAUUUAAACAGUGAACCUUUGCGAAAACUUGUCACCCCCAAUACGGCGGUUUCCUCAACAAGCAUACACCCAACUCAAUCCUUUGUAGCGGUGGGGACUGGCGAACGUAUUUUUCCAAGAAGACUUACCAACUUUGGUUUAUCUGAUGAUAGUUCAUCUGAUGACGAAGGCGAUAAUCGAUUAACUGCACGGCAAAGUUAUUUGUAUAAACAGAAUGUGAACAAUGUUACACUGGAGAACUCUUUGUAUCUUUACGAUUUGACG